AUGUCCAUAUUAUGCACAGUUGAACAAAACCCGAAAACCCCCUCGCGCUGCCUGCCAACUUCAUGCAGGACGCUGUUCGAAGCGCAGGUGACGUCUGAUUUCCCUACUGUUCAUGAACUUUUCGCAUUUGUCAAGUCGCGUGUGUCUAUCCUUGAACGAGUUCAGGAUCUUCAAGUUUCAAAACCAGUCCAAUCGUCGUCACGUUCUUCAGGCCAACCGCGCCAAGAAAAGGGUAGUCUCCGAAAAACAGAAAAAACUCCGCAGUCAUCUUUUGUUAAUGCAGCACCACCGCCGUCAUCAAAGCCCCAAUGCAUGUGUUGUGGUAAGGGCAAACAUGCGUUACCGUUGUGUAACAAAUUUAAAGGGUGGUCCAAAGACGCCCGGUCGAAAUGGGCCCGAGAGCGCAAGUUAUGCUUUCGAUGCCUGGCGGAGGGUCAUUGGACCCCUAAGUGUAAAUCAUCAAUAGUAUGUUCUCAGUGCUCACGCAAACACCACACAUUGGUCCAUACAGAUGCAGUCACCGCAAUCGCCAAGAAGGAAGAUACCGUCCCUGUUGCUGAUCAGACAGCGUCCGCGUCGACUUCUUGUGUUGGACAGCUUGAGUCUCAUUCUGUAUUGCUGGGUACAGCACUCGUUCAGGUUCGUGACCAUGGAGGUACCCUACAUACUGUUCGUGCUUUAAUUGACUCUGCGUCUCAAAUGAGUGCUAUCACGUCAUCAUGCACGACUCGUCUUGGGUUACGUGUAUCGUGUUGGACGGCGCCGGUGACUGGGUUGUCUGGUGCGUCGGUUCCUAAUACUCUUGGUAUUGUAGAAUGUAACGUGCAGCCUCGGUAUGCUGAGGAACCGGUGUUCCCUGUUAAGGCAUGGGUGUUCUCGACGAUCACAGCAAGUAUGCCGCGACAACCGUUGUCUCGCGCUGUAGCUGAAAAGUACCGACAUUUAGCGUUAGCUGACCCUUCAUUUACAAUUCCUGGUGACAUUGACCUGUUGUUGGGUGCAGACAUAUUUGCCCAGGUCUUGGAUGGCAAACGUGUGUCUGUUGGUGAGGCUUGGCCAGUCGCGUUUGGUUCCGUCUUCGGGUGGAUCAUCAUCGGACCUGUUCCAUAUGCUACUUCGAAAUCACCACACUCAUGCCCCACAUCGAUGUUGAAUUGCAUUUCUGUCGAAUCAUUACUCGACAAGUUUUGGAGGGUAGAAGAGCCUGAGGUAGCACCCGAAGUAUUCACCGAGGAAGGUCAAUGUGAAUCAAUGUUUCGUUCGGGGUGCAUUCGUUCCAGUUCCGGCCGUUUUACAGUUCCUCUCCCCUUUCGCCAACCCCCGGAUGACGACGUUUUCCGCGGUUCCCGUACGGUUGCGCUCAAGCGGUUUGAGUAUUUGGAGAGGAAGCUGUCCGCUGACCACAGACUCCGUGGACUAUACACUCAAUUCAUGUCAGAGUACAGCUCAUUAGGGCACAUGUCGCUCGCUUCUAGUCCUGGAGCGUACUUUAUACCGCACCAUGCUGUGUACCGACCGUCAGAAACGGAUCCGAAAAUUCGUGUUGUAUUUGAUGCGUCUGCCCGAGCUUUUAGUGGCACGUCAUUAAACAAUUGUCUAUUAUCUGGUCCAAAGUUGCAACGUGACGUCGUGGACGUGUUGCUUCUGUUCCGUUUGUUGAGGUAUGUUUUCACAACAGACAUUUGCAAAAUGUACCGACAAAUUUUGAUUGCCCCGGAACAACGUAAAUACCAACACAUUCUUUGGCGUGAGUCGCCACACGAUCAGCUGCAAGAAUACCAACUUAAUACGGUCACAUAUGGUGUAAAUUGUGCACCGUACCUCGCCAUUCGUGUAUUACAACAAAUUGCUGAUUCCGACUGUGCUGAUUUUCCUUCCGUCCGCAAAGCACUAUUGUUUCACACGUAUGUAGACGACAUAUGCGUUGGUGCCGAUUCCGAGGAAGCUGCGGUAGAAUUGCAGUCUGCGCUGAUCACCGUCCUCGGGCGAGCUGGAUUGGAACUUAAGAAGUGGUCUAGCAAUACUCAAUCUGUUCUGAACAACGUGCCUCCGGAGGACAAAGUCAGCGGCGAAUUGCCAUUUGAUGAAGGCGACGGUGUAAAAGUAUUGGGUCUCCGUUGGAGUCCACGCGACGAUUCGUUUGGUUACGGAUUUCAGAACGAAAAGAUGGUGGCUACAAAAAGAGGAAUGUUAUCGUUGAUAGCCCGAAUAUUUGACCCGUUAGGCCUUUUAUCACCUGUUGUUUUCUUUGCGAAACAUUUAAUGAAACUGGUGUGGAAGGCUAACGUUUCCUGGGACGAACAAUUACCAAUGUCCAUCAAUGAAGUUUGGCACCAAUUUGUGUCCGAAUUGCCAGAAUUACAAAGAGUUUGUAUUCCACGUUUUGUUAACACGCGCUCGGGCAUUCGUGUUAUACUAUGUGGUUUCUGCGAUGCGUCUGAGCGUGGAUACGCGGCUGUUGUUUAUAUCCGAUCUGAGAAUUCGUCUGGUACCCCCUUCGUGUCCCUAUUGGGUUCUAAAACCAAACUAGCCCCGAUGGCUGCGUCAACGAUUCCACGGUUAGAGUUAUGCGGCGCAGUUCUGCUAGCGAAGUGGAUGUCUCGCAUCAAGAGUACAUUAAAUGCGGAGGUGGAAGUCAUCGAAACUCACGCUUGGUCUGACUCCACAAUCGUACUCAAUUGGUUAGCCGUACGCCAUGUGAUAUUCAAGAUCUUCGUGUCCAAUAGGAUCCAUCAAGUGCAAUCGCUAUUGCCGGAUUGUCAGUGGCACCACAUAACUUCAGAAAACAAUCCAGCUGAUUGUGCGUCAAGAGGAUUGUCACCUUCCGAAUUAGUGGACAAUGUAUUGUAUUGGAACGGUCCCACUUUUCUCAGGUCACCAACGGCUGAAUGGGUUGUCCGUGUUCCUUUCAUCGAGUCAGAUCAGCUCCCCGAAGCCAAGAUGGAGAACCCCGUGGUCCUACUAGCCGAGACUGAACCGGAAUGGUACUCCCGGUUCUCGUCGUACGUGCACAUGAUUCGGGUUGUCGCCCAUGUCCGACGUUUUAUUUCCCUCUGUUGUCACCGCCCACAAGUCUUUGAGUGCUAUCUCACGCGCGGUGAGCUCGAUUUGGCGUUAUGGUCAGUAGUCCGAUUCUCCCAACAGUCCUUUUUCGGAAAACUUCACCACGAAUUGAGUUGUUCGAAACCAAUAUCGACUCGGAAUGUGGCCCGACUCCGACCUUUCCUUGACGAUAAUGGUAUAAUCCGUGUCGGUGGUCGUCUCUCCAACGCUGAGUUAUCGAUUGAACAACGACAUCCAGUCCUAUUGGCGAAGUCGUCUCAUUUAUCAAUUCUUUUAGUACGUCAUUGGCAUGACCUUACCGGCCACAGUGGCCCCCGAGUCAUGACGGCUCUUCUGGGACGUCAAUAUUGGAUUAUGUCACUGGGCACUCUGAUCCGUACUGUCAUCAGUCACUGUACCCGUUGCGUGAGAUUGUCAGCCACUAAUCCUCAACCGAUCAUGGCCGAUUUGCCACGAUCCCGCGUAACCGAAUGUCGCCCUUUCUCCCGUGUAGGGAUUGAUUAUGCGGGACCAUUGCUGAUGAAGGAGCAUCGCCUCCGGAAGGCUCGUCAAUACAAAGUAUAUGUGGCGGUUUUCGUAUGCUUUGUAGUCAAGGCGGUACACCUCGAGGUCGUAUCUGACCUGUCCACCGAUGCCUUUAUUGCUGCGUUAAAUCGUUUUGUAGCUCGUCGCGGUCUUCCCGUCGACAUUUACUCGGACUGUGGAACUAACUUCGUCGGAGCUGCAGCUCAACUAAAGGAAUUGGUUAAUCAUCCUGACAACCAAGGUCGAUUGUCUGCCACCAUACAAUCUGUUUGGCACUUCAACCCCCCUGGCGCACCGCAUUUCGGCGGCCUGUGGGAAGCGGCAGUCAAGUCGGCAAAGUCCCUUCUCGUCCGUAUCAUGGGGGAGCAUACGUUUACGCUGGAAGAAUUCAAUACCAUAUUGUGCCGUGUGGAGGCCAUAUUGAAUUCUCGGCCGCUUGUCCCCGGUUCUACUGAUCCAAACGAAGUAGACUAUUUAUCGCCGGGACAUUUCCUCAUAGGUCAACCGUUACUCGCAGUACCUGAAGAACCCAUUUCGCCUUCUCAGCACUCACUGAGUAACCGCUGGAAGCUAAUUAAUCAGUGCGCCCAAGCUUUUUGGCGCCGCUGGAGGGACGAGUAUCUGCAAACCUUGCAGACGAGAGGACGAUGGACGGCUGAUGCUCCCAAUUUGGUGGUUGACGAUAUAGUCAUUGUUAAGGAUCCGCAGUCACCACCGUUAACCUGGCGUAUGGCCCGUAUACUAGAAACCGUGCCGGGUGCCGACGGUGUCGUGCGCGUAGUGCGCCUCCGGACGCCGACAGGUAUCUUAACACGUCCAGUCGCAAAGGUGGUAAAGUUGUUUACUGCGUAA